CUGAGUCCUGUAAUUACCCUAACGAUGAAACCUAAAGAUAAACAGUGUAAAGUCAGUCACUGUUCCACCCUAUACAACCCCGAACCGGUCACAGGUAUUGAAGGUCAACGUUAACAAUGGUAUUCAAUCUAACCCGUAUUUCACCCCAAACUUGUAUAGAGUCGAUGUGUAGGGUGCUUAAGGUUCACUAUUUAAUCCACAAUGGACGGAAGAUGUACUACACCAAUGUGUUCCCCAGGAUAUGAAAGAUUUUUGAAAAUCUAUCGUUAUACCACCAUGGAUGACGACUGCAAAUGCAUUUCACACAGACAUACACGGAAGCAUCUUAAGUGCUAUUUGUUUUGUUUAUUCACGAUAUUAGAAGUGACUCUUGUAAAGUAAUCGUUGAUGUAAUAGAAAUUCAACUUAAGGAUAAUCAUGAGAUCUGCAAAGGUGUGGUACUCUUGAGGGGGACGAACCGAUCCUUCCCAUUGGUUGAUUGUACACUGGACGUAUCGACAUUCAUCUCAUCGGGUGGGGGUGACUUCAUUCUUCGUCCUAUCGGAGCUUCUGUCUGUGUUAGAAAGGACAAUACAAUACCGUGUCUUCUCCCGACUAGAUCCUUGAGCGACGUAGUGGUACUUGGGAGCGAAUGGCGAUGAUAUUCACGUUCGAGGUCGAAGAUGACCAGCAAAUUCAUCUGCUCCUGGCUUACUUUUGUUGACUAUGAAGACUACAGUGAGCACGAGAACACUCAUUUUAAUAUCGAUUUUAUGAAUGGGGUGCAAAGGAAAUAUGUGUUCCCUGGACUCAGUCACAUUCAGUCACCGGUGCCGGGAGCCAGUCACAUUGAGUCACCAGUGCCGGGAGCCAGUCACAUUGAGUCACCAGUGCCGGGAGCCAGUCAUAUUGAGUCACCAGUGCCGGGAGCCAGUCACAUUGAGUCACCAGUGCCGGGAGCCAGUCACAUUGAGUCACCAGUGCCGGGAGCCAGUCACAUUGAGUCACCAGUGCCGGGAGCCAGACAUCAUAACAUUGAAUCCAUAGAAUGGAGCGACAGUAUUGUCGCCAGGGAGACGUCAACUCCCAAACAACAGAACGCUUCUGCAUCAAUCAUCUUAAUUGAAGAUGAAGAUGAAUCCCCUCAACAAUACCAGCAGAGGAUCCUAAAGGGGCGCCAUAAAGAACUCCUCCAUAAGAGGGCUGGCUUAAUUAGAGAUAAAAAAAAAAUUGAAGAAACAUUACGAAACGUUACAGCUGAAUUGGAGAAGUUAAUUCCGUUAAUUAACUGAUGUGGAGGACAUUUUGUGCUGUAUUCGAAAUUUGGACUAUAUGAAAAAUAUAAUAAAUUUUUUCUUACCUUUA